GGAUCGACUGACAGGCCAAAAGCCGUGUAGACGGCCCAGAGAAACGGCCAUGUAGAAAAUUUCACCGUGUCUCCUUUUUUAUACUCAGAUAAAAAUCAUGUCAUAACAGAAGACCGUUUUUUAAGUGAUGGAAAAGUAACAUGGCGACAUCAGUUCCGAAGAGAGAGGCAAUGCAGAGGCGGUAGCAGUGAUGGCAGCCGAGUGAUCGCGAAAACCCGCGUGCUGUUCACCGAUGUCCAUGUGUGUGCUGGAUAUAUUAUUGUGUUCAUAUAAACAUUGAAUAUUGAGUUUGUUUUUGUGGAGGAUACAGAAGAUGUAUUUCACAGGGUCGACGUUUUCUUCCACGCUUAUUGUCGCUGUCUUCGCACUGUCGAUCAAUAACAUUCACGGGGAGAUACGAUGUCGAUGUAACGAGCCAGAAUGCGUCAGUUCCGGUACACAGAUAUGUAAAUCGUCAAACAUCAAAAUGUGCUACGUCAUGAAGACGUUCGAUGAGGGGACCGGAACUCCCCGAUAUACGCAUGGCUGCAUGGACGCACUCGUCAAGAACGAGAAAUACAAGAAUAUCUGUGACACAGACAGUGAGACCAACAAACCUGCCGAGAACUUUGUCACGUACCGCCAUGAUCCUAUCGUGCAAUGCUGUAACAAGGAUCUGUGCAAUUAUAACAACAUUGUUAUGGCCGUCCCAACCAAUAGAUCGCUGGCCAAAGCAGACCCCGUGAGCCCAGGGCCCCCGGAGUAUAUUUUCCCACAUUCCAUUCCAGAAGACACAAGAUCCGCCAACCAAGAUAAGGACCUGUGGUUCAAGGCUGCAGUGAUAGCCGUCCCCAUAGCGGGGGGAUUCAUCCUAGUAUUAUUAGUGUUGCUGGCCGUGCGCAUGCUCAGAGCAGACACGCGACGCCACAGACAAUUUAUAGAGUUUCGGCGAGAGAGAACUAGUUUAACCAAAGCGCAUCUCUACGUCACUGACCAUUUUAGUGAAAAAGUGGGGCGGACUUCGCCGUUUUUUGGCGGAAUGCAUAAUCCACUGUGUAAGGACACCCUAGUGAAUAAUGCUCGAAUGAAAAAGGACGGAAAACUUUACGAAAAAGUCAACACAAAACCGGAAGUUCACCGUGCGCAGACGCCGAUCAUAAUAUGGGGUAAACCCUCUCACAGAGACUUCGCUACUGUCGUGUAGCAAAAUACCCCAAGGUCAUACCUUCCCCUGUGUUUGUCUUUCUGUACAAGAUGUCGCCCGUCGACAACGGGAAACCACUAUUGUGCCUUCUUGGAUUUUGAUUUCCGCUUCCGUUUUUGGUGGCAAUUGUAUUGAAAGUGACUUUAUGGGGGGAAAAGUCUCGUGAACAUUCAGACACAUGCGCUUGGGAGUGCAGUGUCUGGGUGAGUGCUAUAUGUCUAUUGUUAUUAUUUUUAUUCUAUUAUGAAUAUUGGUCUAACUUUCAGCCAUGUAAUGGCGUGUUAACAAAAAGUCCAUCCGAAUUUUCACUUGUACUUCCACACGCUUGACUUGAGGCGCUAUUACUAACCUUAAAAUAUAACAUAUCCAUUUGAAACAUUAAAUUGAACAAUUUUCAAGCAAUUAAAUGUCGUAAUAAAAACUUUAUGGCAACAGAACAACAUCUUUGGCUCGCUAAUGCACCGGUAACAUCGGUAAUGGAUUUUAUACAAACGUUUAUCUUGAUGAAAAUAGGAUGGACUCUAAAAUGCAGUGAUGCGUGGAAAAAAAGAUGUUCGUUGGAGCGAGGCAGAUUGAGCACCACGUGCCAUUUUCAUUCAUUUUUGACAAAUGUGUCUUUCACAUGUAUUUUACCCCAUCUGUCAUUGUAUGAAUGUGUAUGAAUUGUACGGAUGUUAAUGCGGUGGGCGAAUUCUUCUUCUUCUCCCUCAAAAUAUACUUUGUAAUAUUGCAUUCUUUCUCUAGUUUUAGAUUUUUUUUCAGUGGGCUGUAAUUUUUUUAUAUUUUGUACCAGUCAAUUUUCUCCAAUUUAUGUUAGGUCUAGAUGUUGGUUGUUUUCCGGGGUUUUGUUGCCAGUUUAAUUGGUUUAGAAGCGCUAUGAAGUCUCGUGCAGAUUUUUGGCGUAUAAUGUCUUAAACUUUGUCUGAUUGAAAAAUUUUUAAAUGAAAAAAAAGAUAUGACGUUAAUCAACUUAAUAAUUUCCGCUAAGUAUUGUGUUUAGAUUAUUUAAAGAAAUGAAUAAAAGGACGGAAAAAGAAAGAAAGCAUGGAUGAAAGAUGAAAAAAAAUGCGCGGGUUGAUGAUUGAAAUGAAAGAGAAAAAAAGGAAUAUUGUGUAUAUGUAUGGAGUUUUUAUUGUUGAAUGUAUCUCACUUUCGUUGUUGACUACAAAAUAUGUAUAUUUAAAAUUCUUAUUUAUUUCAGUUCAGAAAAAAUUAAAAUUGUUGUUUUUUAAA